AUGGAUGUCAUAUUUGAGCCGCAAAAAGGCAGGUCAUUCUCCAUUGAAGUGGGUUUCUUUGAUACAGUCCUAGAGAUCAAAGAGAAGGUAGAAAAGUACCAAGGCAUACCUAUAAACAAACAAACCCUAGUCUUUCAUGGCCAAGUUCUUCAAGAUGAAAAAGAUGUAGAAUAUUGUGAAAUCCUCCAAAACUCUCACAUUCAACUCCUUGUAACCCCCGAAACCGAUCAAAAACCUCAAAUCAAGGUUGAACAAACCUCAACCUCCAAUAAAGUUCAACUUCGUAUCAAGAUUCCAUCAAACCAAAUGCUUGUCCCUCUUGAGAUGGAUAUGAGUGAUACUGUCCUACAUCUAAAAGAAAAGAUUCGCGAGAUGGAGCCAGUUCCGGUUAAAAGAUUUGUACUACAAUCGAAAGGUGUAGAAUUGCAAGAUCAUCAGUCUUUACAUGACUGUGAGUUGAUGGAUAAUAGUGAGAUUAAUGUGAAUGUAAAGCCAUCACCAACUGGUUCAGGAUCAAUAGGGGGCACCACAGGGUCCAAGAAACUGAGGGUGAUGGUAUUGACCAAGUGUGGGACUAAGAAGAUACCGGUCGAAGUGAAUGCAUCAGAUACUGUUGGAGAGCUUAGAAAAGAGUUGCAAAACUUGCAACAGAAAAUGCAAUUUCAUCUUCCACAAGAAGGGUAUUUUUUCAUUUACAAACAGAAUGUUAUGGAUGAUGAUCGAUCGUUUCGGUGGCACCAUGUUAACCAAGGUGAUACUAUUGAGAUCUUCAAUGGAAGUGUAACUGGUGGAUCUUAG